UCUUGAACUGAGCUCUUUUUGACAACAACUCUAAGAGGUGUUUGCAAUUUUUCCAAACACUUAAACGCAACUCACUUUUUAGACAAUUUUAGCAUCACACAGCUGCUUAUUUGCCAAACACACCAGCAGUUAUGGGCACUGCUCGGGUAAAGCAACGCUUCAGUGCAGUCAUGGACACCCCCCUGGAUGAGGAGGAAGUCCUGAGGCUGGCCCAACGUGAUGAUGUUACUUCCUCCCACUCAGUUGCGCUUCCCUCCCCCAACUGUAACGGCAAAGUGCUUAACCUACAACAUAGCAAUGGAGGAAGGAGUGGAGGGAGGGAUGAGGAAGAUGAGGAUGAUGAGGAUGACGAAGCAAGGGGAGGAAGAAGGGGUGGAGGAGGAGGGCGUCGCUCAAUGCUCAGGGGUGAGGCUGGGGAAGAAGAGAGGUGGGAGAGGAACAAGAGAUCAUCCUCACCUCCGCUCUCACCCUUGCCACCCCGUGAUCACCGCGGCCAGUGCUGCCGGCCCCGACGACGCUUUGUAGGCAAGGAUGGGCGCUGCAACAUCACCUUUGUCAACAUGAGCGACAGGGGCCAGCGCUACCUCACUGACCUCUUCACCACCUGCGUGGACAUCCGCUGGCGCUGGAUGCUCGUGGUCUUCACCCUCUCCUUCUUGCUCUCCUGGCUUCUCUUUGGCUUCACUUUUUGGCUCAUCGCCGCUGCUCAUGGGGAUCUGGCUCUCCUACCAUCAUCCUCUUCCACUUUAUCUAGUCCUUCUUCUCGGGCUCCUAUUGAACCUGCAGAGAAUUUUGGCCCAGUGCAGACUGUGGAGACAGAGGAACGCUGCUUUCAGCAGGUGAACAGCUUCAUGGCAGCCUUCCUCUUCUCUCUGGAGACGCAGACGUCUAUAGGCUAUGGUUUCCGGAGUGUUACUGAAGCCUGCCCCCUGGCGGUGUUGGCUGUCGUCUUGCAGUGCAUUGUGGGCUGCAUCAUCGACGCUUUCAUCAUCGGGGCGGUAAUGGCUAAGAUCGCCAAGCCCAAGAAGCGCAAUGAGACACUGGUGUUCUCCGAUGUGGCCGUUGUGGCCAUGAGGGAUGGGAAACUCUGCAUGAUGUGGCGAGUGGGAAACCUGCGCAAGAGCCACCUGGUGGAGGCCCAUGUGCGAGCACAGCUACUGAAGCCACGGGUGACCCCUGAGGGUGAGUUUCUGCCACUGGACAACAUGGACAUUCAUGUCGGCUUUGACACAGGAACAGAUCGCAUCUUCUUGGUGUCACCUGUGACCGUUGUGCACGAGAUCGAUGAGGAGAGUCCAUUCUUCGAGAUGGACAGAUGCACACUAGAGAGAGACAAAGAACUGGAGGUGGUGGUGAUUCUGGAGGGCAUGGUGGAGGCUACUGCUAUGACAACCCAAUGCCGUUCUUCAUACCUGACUUCUGAGAUCCUCUGGGGUCACCGAUUUGAGCCUGUGCUCUUUGAAAGGAAGAACUGCUACCAGGUGGACUACUCCAACUUCAACAGGACAUAUGAGGUCACAGACACACCCACUUGCAGCGCCAAGGAGUUAGCAGAGAAAAAGUACAUCCAGGGGUCCCAUUCCUCAUUUUGUUACGAGAAUGAGGUGGCUCUGCAGCUCUCCUCUGUCCCUCCCAGCCCUGACCGAUUCUCUCCAUCCCCCUCUUCUUGCCCCUCUCCCUCACCCUCUUUUGUAUGCCCCACACCUCCGCCCCGAUGGGAGUCCUGUAGUUAGCACCCACAUAUACA